UCAUUGCUCUGUCGUGUUAUUGCGUAGUCUUGUUGGGGGUGUCGUCGUGAGGCGUAGGGUAAUCAUACAGAAAAUUGUCUGCGUUUGGGUUCUUGUACCAGGUCGCGUCGAGAUAUCGCUGCACAUUGCAUUGUGCUAGUUUAUUUCCUAGGAAAAGGGUUAAAGAAUGAAGUGGCAGUAUAAGGAAGAGCACCCAUUUGAGAAGAGGCGCGCUGAAGGCGAGAAGAUUCGGAAGAAGUACCCGGACAGGGUUCCAGUCAUUGUAGAGAAAGCACCAAAGGCCAGGAUAGGCGACCUGGACAAGAAGAAAUAUUUGGUGCCCUCGGAUCUGACGGUUGGGCAAUUCUAUUUCCUGAUUAGAAAGCGGAUCCACCUGCGUCCAGAAGACGCGCUGUUCUUCUUCGUGAACAACGUGAUCCCUCCAACCUCGGCCACGAUGGGGUCCCUGUAUCAGGAGCAUCAUGAGGAGGACUUUUUCCUAUACAUCGCUUACAGCGAUGAGAGCGUCUAUGGCCUGUAGGUGCGCUCUGUGUGCGUUGGCCCUGGCGUACGUGCUCAGGAACCACGAACAUGGGCCGUUCGUGCUCGAUGGUCGUGCGCGCGCGGACUUGAGUGUGCCAGAUUGAGCAACGAGGGAAAGAUGGCCGGAAUGUUGUGUUUCUUUCGUCGGUAAGUUCCCAAACCGCGCAUAUAAUGUAAGCUCCCGGACUGAUGUUCGCGGCACUGUUCGCUGGUUUUGAUUGACACUUCGGAUUUCGUCUUUGGGUAUCUUUGGAAACAUUUGGUUCACAUAUGGAAGACAAUUCAUCGCCGUGUAAGAAUCGAGGCAUGUUUAUUCCCGCACAGAGGUCAGCGUGGGCUGUGGUUGCUGAUCGCGCUAUUUUAGAAAUGACUGCUUAAUCCAGAUGCGUGUUAGAUUAGGAUCGUGUACCAUUUUAGUAUACCAGUAGAUCUGAUAGAUUGACGUUCGAAUGAUUCGAACAUAACUUGGUUGGCGUCUUUCUGCGCGGUGUGAUCAUGGUGCAUUUUGGGAUGAAUUGGCCCAAUGUAUAUCCCGUGUUGCUUUCCUUCUGGACAUAUUUUCAGUGUCCGCAUCGGCGGGCGUUUCUUUGCUUUCUUGUGCGUAUGAUUGGUGCGAGUUUCGAGGUCACUGUUGACUCGACAUCAAAUUGUGCUGGGUUGCUGAGUUAAUGCGGCAAAUACACAUACAAAAUCGCCUUCUA